CAAUAGACAGCGGCAGCAAGCGGCAGCAGCAGCAGCAGCAGCAGCAGCAAAGGCAGCAAAGGCAGUACGAGCGCCAGUAGGCUGCGCCACUUACGGCAGAAGCAGCAGCAACAGCAGCAACAGCAGCAGCAGAUGCGCGUCCGUCGCCAACAGCAGAAGCAACAGCGAAGUAGAGCAGCAGCAGCAGCAGCAGCAGCAGCAAAUGCAGCAGCAGCAGCAGCAGCUGAUGCCUACCCCCUGA